GGGAAGAGAUGAGGGGCAAUUUGUGUGCAUCCUGUGCCCAUGGAGCAGGUAUCACCUACUAAGAGCUAGGUGCCCUUCAUGGCGUCGUGGACUUGUUUUCUUUCCUUUUUUGAGCAUGAUGGUUCUGCAGGUGCAUUUUAAGUAACUGUGAACUCUGCUGAGACGACAGGUGUCCUAGAGAGAGCCCAGCUGCACCCUUUUUGUUCAGGCUGUUCUAUUCUCUCCUGAGAUUAAAAGGGACUUGAAAAACCCAGAAGUACAACUUGUACUUUCAGGCUGCUGUUCCAGCCUGUCAAGUGGGUAUCAUGCAGUGUGACCACCAUUGGGGCAGGAGGGAAGUAGCUGAGAAAUUCAUCUGCCUACAUGAAGUAGCAUGUCUUGAAAAUGGUCAUAGCCAUGAUAUAAUUAGCAAGGUCAUAGAAUCCUAGAAUCACCAAGGUUGGAAAAGACCUACAAGAUCAUCCAGUCCAACCGUCCACCUGUCACCAACAGUUCUCACUAACCUGUGUCCCUCAACACGAUGCCUAAAUGUUCCUCAGGAGCAUGCAGUGUUUCAGAAUGACAGAAGGUCUGGAGCCAGAACCCACCCCUUCCCAGCCCUCACUGAAGGGCUGGCAGUGAAGGCAAGGGGAUCUCACUGGAGAUCCCUGCCUACCUGAGUCCUUCUGAAGGUAAGCAGCCCCUUGCCUUGAUUUCUGUGCCCACGGCUGUUGCCUUUGAGCAAAUCCUCCCUUGCUGCAGCCUUGGACCUUGCUCCUCUGCUGUCAUGGCUGUGCUUUCCAUCGCGCCUGGCCUCAUUGGGCUCAACCCUGCUGACGGAUAGAUGUGUUGGUUUGGUUGGGGUGGUUGCAGUAGCUAAUGGCAAAACCCUUUCCUGAGUGCAACUAAAGAGAUAAGUGAGAAAACAAGGGAGUCUUGAGAGGAAAGAGUGACUGAUAGCAGUGCUGUCCUGGAAGCUACAGUGGAAGCAGUAGAGAGGCCGAUAGUGGCUGUUGGUGUCAGUAGAGCGAUACGAGUCUGUGUGUAAAUGGUGGUUCUUAGAGCUGUGUUAAUUCCUUGAAGAGGCCUAGCAUUGUGGAGGUACUUGUACUGACAGUUGUUUGACUCAGGAAUGAAGUGUGUUUCCCAGUUCGUGAUAACCUGAUAGCGUUGUGUUUGCUCGUGCAGCUGUGCUCUGUGCAUUGUAGAGCUGUCAGACAGAUGUGGGUUCACUUUCCACUCUCUCAGCAGGAAUGAGACUAGUAAUACUUUCUGUAAGUGCAUUUCAGUUGAAAAAAUGAUUUUGUUUUGGCUGUAGAAAUGCUGUAUUUGAGGGAUUUUGGUGGACGUGGGCUAACAGGACAAGGAUUCUAUUGGCAACUGCUUUCUGUGACAUGGAAAGGGUAUACUUUGUUUUAGGGAUGGAGCAUGGGAUUCGAUUGACUCUUACUGAGAAAGGGGGAAGUGGAAAGCCUCUGUGGGUAAGAACGUUUUGUGAGCUGUAGUUUGGGUACCUUCAUCUAAGUAGGACUGUAUGAAAGGGUGCGUGUGAUGGAGGAGAGGGGAAAGUGCCUUGUGUGGACUGUAAGGAAGGCAUAAUGUUACAGAGUGGAGAGGCAAAUUUAAGAAACUCUGCUUGAAAACUUGAAGGUAGUGGCUGGCUGUGCUGAAAUCUUCCAAAGAGUUGCUCUUCAAGUAUUUCCUGCUUUCUCUCUGCGAGAAACUGACGCCAGUGGCCUUCCACUGCAGCAUGGCCGUGCGGAAGGGCUGGGGAACAAGACAGAGCUAGAGAAGGCACCAAAGAGAGCUACAGGUACACAGCAGGCACCUGGACUUGAUGCACUGUCUUUCUGCGCAGGCUUUCUGUUUGUUCAUUCCUAGGACAGUUGUCUGCAGUUUGCAUCCCAGCUUUCUCCCAAGCCCUGGCUGCACAAAAAUGCAAGCAAUCAGAGGAAGAGAAGGAAAAAGCAGAGGAGUGGGCUUCUGAGAAAAGAGCUGAGGGGGAGCAUGAGGAGCUUGAGGCAGUGUUUCAGAAAAGUAGUGCUUUCACUUAGGAUUGUCUGAGAUUUCCUUGCCCUGGGUUAUGAUUGUGUGUAGCUAUUGGUUUCUUGGUGCCUGUGUAUCCGUUGGUACACAGAUCAGUGUGUGGAAAAGACAGCUGAGAGUGCAGGACAUGGCAAUGUAUUUCUCCUGGCCAAAUGUGCUGAAGUACUGGAAGGAUUGUGAGAAAGACCAGAGAGAAUGGUUUCAAGCUACGGCAGGGGAGAUUCAGGCUGGACAUGAGGAAGUAUUACUUAUUAUGGUCUCCACAAAGUGGGCGCAGAAGCAAAAUGAAGCUGAGAUGCAUCUGUGUGCUGAGUCCUACUGCUACUGCAGAAAAAGCAGCUUUGGUUCAGCACGCUCCUACUGCUUUGGUGUGCCGCACCUGCCUGCCCUGUCAGCACUACGUCAGGCUUUUUUUUCCUUUUUAAGGUCAGCUUGUGCUGGAAGUGGACGGCAUCAGAGUGUGAGUGAAGAUUCUUUCUUUAGGGAUCCUUUCCAAAAGGAGAUUUUUGGGAUUGAGGCAGUUGAAGAAAGAGUGAAGCCAGGGGCAGUCCCUGUGGAGAGGACCCCAGGAACUGAGAUUCCCCACCACUGUCUCAGCAAGGAGACAGACGCAGUUCCCAUUCCUGCUCUGCACGUGGAAAG